GUGCCCCAGCUCUUGUUCUUUUUUUUAUAUUCCAAGUCGCCAUCAAUUCAAGUCACGAGUAAACAAACAUGGCAGACGCGGCAAAACAGUCCUCGCGCCCGCAGCUCACCAGCAGCAUGCGGAGCAGCUCGUACCUGAGCGACCACCAGCAGUACCGCCCGCCGCAGCACCGCAUCCCCGAGGCGCAUCACGGCAUCGACACCGUCGUCGAGGACUCGUCGCCGUCCAAGUCGCCCAAGGCCGCGCUGCCCUUCAAUGGCGUGCCGUCGCCCGAGCACCCGCCCAUCAUCGUCGACAGCGGCGUCACCCACAGCUACUCGCACCAGGACUGCGCGCCCCCCGCCGGCCAGAAGACGGACCGCCUGAUCGCGACGCUCUUCUACAAGGGCUCAGACCGGAAUGCGCCCGGCGCGAGGAGCACGUCGGGCGGCCUGAGCAGGUCGCGCUCGCCGGCCAAGAACGGGCUGGGCGACAGCACCGAGUCGCUGCCCCCGAACAUGGCGCCGACGACCAGCAUGGACGACUUCCCCCUGGAGCCUCCCACGCAGGAGUCGGAGCAGCUGGACCACCUCUACGGCUCCUACGUCUCGCCGCUGUGUGUCACGUCGUUCCUCCAUCUCAUGUCGACGUUUCCCCUGCCGGACGGCGCCGAGGAGCCGCACUCGUCGCAUCGCUGCUUGGACAACCAGGAGGCCCCGCGCGUUGUCGAGCUGACCUUGACGCCCGCGCCGGCUCCCAGCUACCUCAGCCUGGACGACUUGCGCAAGCACGAGCUGAUUUACCGAUUCGAGCAGGAGUGGAACGUGGACGUGGCCCUGCAGAGAGACGUGUUGUGGAGGAAGCACCCCAGACUGGUCGUCUUUGACAUGGACAGCACCCUCAUCACGCAAGAGGUCAUUGAUCUCCUCGCCGAAACCGUCAAGGACCCGCCGGAUCUUGCGGAGCGAGUCGCCAACAUCACACACCGCGCCAUGAUGGGAGAGCUCAACUUUGAAUCGUCAUUCCGAGAGCGAGUCGCCCUUCUCAAGGGCCUGCCGGCAACGCUCUUUGAGGACCUCCGGCCGGUCCUCGACGUCACCAACGGAGUGCCAGAAUUGAUCAAGGCCCUGAAGCGCCUGGGCGUCAAGACGGCCGUCCUCUCCGGCGGUUUCCUGCCGCUGACGGGAUGGCUGGCCAAGGAGCUGGGCAUCGACCACGCGCACGCCAAUGAAGUCGUCAUUGAGAACGGCAAGCUCACCGGCGAGGUAAAGGGCGUCAUUGUCGGAAAGGAGCGCAAGCGCGAUCUCCUCGUCGAGAUUGCCCAGAAGGAGGGCGUUGACCUGUCCCAAGUCAUUGCCGUUGGUGACGGCGCCAACGAUUUGCUGAUGAUGGACAAGGCUGGCCUGGGCGUGGCGUGGAACGCAAAGCCAACGGUGCAGAUGGAGGCGGGCGCGCGGUUGAACGGGCAGAGCAUGCUGGACCUGCUCUACCUGUUUGGAUUUACGGGCGAGGAGAUAGACAUGCUUAUUUCUUAGGAUUAGCAAAAGGGUUACGGUGGAAGGGCGUUUGGUGAAAGGGAGGGAAACCCCGGGUAUGAUGAAGAUGGCUUGAGAGAAUAGGUUUUUCAUGUGUAAGCUUUUUGCGAUGUGAAAAUUUCCCUUUCGUUUAUGAGAUGAGGUCACAAUGACAAUGGCGACGACCUACUUUGCUUUUCUUUUGCUUUGCCCAAGUGAGGUUGGUGUUUACCAUUUGUAAAGAAAAGGAGACACACAAAUCCUCAGACUGUCCUGGAUAUGAUAUCAAUAUAUAAGAGAGUAAUGCAGCGACUCACAUUCAAUAGAUACGUAAAAAAAUGUCUUCUUCUUCUCAAGCCCCUUUUCUCACGUCAUUGUUUUGGUGCAAGACAUGUAUCAUGUUUACGCCCCACCUCCACUCAUAUGUCUACACAGGCGAACCCGCCUCAUUUAAAUACAAAAAGGUAUGCCUGCUCUGCCUCUGCCUCUCCCUUGACCUCCCCAUCCGUGCAACCCAUAUUCCAUCUCUUCAAGGGUAGCCCUCCUUGCCCCACUUGUUGUACUUGUCGUGGUACUCCUUGGGAGCGGUGACGUUGGGGAUGAUGACCACGUUGAGAGCGCUGGGGGCAUCGCGGGGAGCAGCGUUGGGGUCGCCGCCGGGGUGGUAGGAGUACUUGCCUCCAGAGCUGCCCUCCCAGGCCAUCUUGUCGACGUUGACGGGGGCCUCUGAGGUUGCUCCAGUGGGGGAUCGCCAAAGUAGAAGCCAGC